UUUUUUAAUUCAAAAUAUUAAAAACGCUUCACUAUCUGGAAGUAAAAAUUCCUCUCUGCCAAUAAUAAUCCACAGAAAUGGAGCACAUCUCCCUCACUCACUAGCUCAAAAAAAAAACAAAAAACCCUCAAAAUCAGUCACGAAUGGAGGAGAAACCGGCGGGGAGCUUUGCCGACUCGCCGGCGUCAUUUGAACCGACAACUUCAAGGCGCCGGGCUGGAGGGCACAAAAGGAAAGCAAAUUCACAUUCAAACUCUCUCUCUUCACCUCUACCAUCGAAACGGCUCACUCGCGAGAAAGCUGGAUUUUCUAAUCUCUCGAUCCAUAACGGUCCGUUGACUAGAGCGAGACAAAUCCCUAACAUCUUGGCUUCUUCGGCGCCUUCAGCAGGCGUGAAGAUCGAACAGAAGGUAGUUGCGGCGGUGCCGGAUGCCGCUGCGGUGGUGGAGGAGGAGAGGAGGAGUAGGGUGGAGGAAUUGCAAGCAGAAAUUGAAGCAGAGUUUGAGGUUAUUAGAUCUCGUGAUUCUAAUGCUCAUGUUGUGCCUAGUCAUUGUGGUUGGUUUUCAUGGACACAAAUUCACUCGCUUGAGGAGCGUUUGCUGCCUUCAUUCUUUAAUGGAAAGUCCCAAAGCCGGUCACCUGACACCUAUUUAGAUAUACGUAAUUGGAUUAUGAAGAAGUUUCAUGCAAAUCCAAACACUCUUAUUGAAGUGAAAGAUUUAUCAGAACUUGAAGUUUCAGACUCGGAAGCGAGGCAAGAGGUGUUAGAGUUCUUGGACUAUUGGGGAUUAAUUAACUUUCAUCCAUUACAAUUAGAUUCUGUUACAAACGCUGAUGGUGAUGGAGCAGCAAAGAAAGAUUUGUCACUUGAAAAGUUGUUUCGCUUUGAAGCCAUUCAAACAUGUCCACCUGUUGUUACUAAACCUAACUUCACAGCUCCAACUACACCAUCUAGAUUGUUUCCUGAGUCGGCAAUUGCUGAAGAGUUGGCUAAGCUUGAGGGGCCAUCUGUUGAGUACCACUGCAAUUCUUGUUCAGCUGAUUGCUCGCGCAAACGCUAUCAUUGCCAGAAGAAGGCAGAUUAUGAUUUAUGUGCCGAUUGCUUUAAUAAUAGAAAGUUUGGCUCAAACAUGUCCUCAUCAGAUUUUAUUCUCAUGGAGCCUGCUGAGGCUGCUGGUGUAAGUGGUGGAAAGUGGACAGAUCAAGAGACUCUACUUCUUCUUGAAGCAUUGGAACUCUAUAAAGAAAACUGGAAUGAGAUUGCAGAACAUGUUGCCACAAAAACGAAGGCUCAGUGUAUAUUGCACUUUGUUCAAAUGCCAAUUGAGGAUGCCUUUUUUGACUGCGCCAUUGAUAUGGAUGGUACUUCUAAAGAAACAGCAGAUGCUGAUGCAACAAAUGAUGAUACAUCUGCCCCUAAAGAUGUCCAUGAUACAAGUGAGAGCAAAACAGGUGCUGAUGAGGAUCAACACUUGACUGUGCCAAUGGAAGGUUCAAAACCAGAAGAUACGACUGGAGUAAAAGUUUCUCAGGGAGGUGAUGUGAUUAAUGGUCAGGAAACUUCAAAAUCUGAAUAUGUCAGUGGAGUGAAAGCUGGUGAGGAAAUGGGUGAAAAUGUUGCACUCAAGGCUCUUACAGAAGCAUUUGAAGCUGUUGGCUAUUCCCCAACUCCUGAAAACCGACUUUCAUUUUCUGAAGUUGGAAAUCCUGUCAUGGCUUUGGCUUUGUUUCUGGCAAGAUUGGUGGGACCUGAUGUUGCUACUGCUUCAGCCUGCAGUGCUUUGAAAUCCUUGUCUAGCAAUUCUCCUGGCAUGCAGCUGGCAUCAAGGCAUUGCUUUCUCCUGGAAGAUCCACCAGAUGAGAGAAAGAAACCAUCUUGCAGUGAUUGUGUUGCUACUGAAAUGGCUGAUCAGGAUGCUCUAAAGGACAAGCAGGAGGGAAAAAGCCAGAAAGGGAAUAGCCCUACCUCAGGUAUAGACAACAAAGAUUUGUCAGAUGAUUACAGUGACAAGAAAGUUGAAGACUCCGUUCCUGAAGAGAAGAAACCUCUGGAUUCUUCAAAAGGUGAAUUCCCAGAUAAAGUAGAUGUUGUAAACGGAGGAGAGAUAGUGGUUACUCAUGAGGAAGUUGAACCUGGUAGAUCAAAGGAAUCUAGCAAUUCAGAGCUACCUCAGGACCACACACCAAGUAUUGUAAACAAAUCAGAUGAGAUACCACCCAAGUCAGGGUGUCCACCAAGCUCCGGGAAGGAACCACUGGAAGUACCUUCAGCUGAAGAGCAUUCUCAGCUUACAGAGGUGGCUAAGGAUGUGGAUAUGGUGUCUAAUUUGAAGCCCCCAGAAAAGAAUGGGCGUUCUCAAUCAUUUACAUCAAUGUCAGUUGAUGAACCCUCUCAAGCUGUUGAUGUGUCAAAGGAUGUGGACAUGGUGUCUGAUUCUCUGCCUGCGGACAACAAUGGGUCGCAGCAACCAGUGAAGUCAAAUGCAACAGGAGAGCAGUCUCAAACUACAGAGGCAACAGCUGAUGUAGACAUGUUAUCUUCACAGCCUUCAGAAGUGAACGAGCCCUCGGAUCCAAAGGUUGAAACUGGAGCCACCGCAGAUGAGGUUCCAAAAGACAGCAAGAAAGAGAAGCCUGAUAGUGAAGUGAUUAAAGAUGACAAUAACAUUGAUAAACUGAAGCGUGCUGCAGUUUCAGCUAUCUCAGCAGCAGCAGUGAAGGCAAAACUUCUUGCAAACCAGGAAGAGGACCAAAUUCGGGAACUUGCUGCCUCACUGAUUGAGAAGCAGCUACAUAAGUUGGAAGCCAAGCUGGCUUUCUUUAAUGAAAUGGAUAGUGUUAUAAUGAGGGUGAGGGAGCAACUGGACAGGUCAAGGCAGAGACUUUACCAAGAACGAGCUCAGAUAAUUGCAGCCCGACUUGGUUUACCACCUUCAUCUAGAGCAAUGCCACAAGCAUUACCUUCCAACAGAAAUGCAAUGAACUUUGCAAACGCAUUUCCGAGACCACCAAUGAACAUGGCUACCCAAAGGCCACCAAUUUCAACGCCACCAAUGAACAUGGCUACCCAAAGGCCACCAAUUUCAACGCCGAUGGGUACAUUGGCUAAUACCCCUCCUGGAACAUUUGUGUCAACAACCACUACAGCAGGAAAUUCAAUUCGGCCUUCUAGUCAGGACAAAAUUUCUUCAAUUGGAACAAAGUAGUCUUUCAUCAGAAUGCGUGUGAAUAGAACUGCAUUGAUUCUUAUACCCAGUCAGCUAUGACUAGUUUUAUCAAUUAAUUUUUUGGAAGGUCAUGAGGGCGCAGUUUGUCUCCUUUUGCAGUGUUAUUACAGUGCAGUAAGUCUGUGCCCUAUAUUAGAUGGUAAAUCGUGCUCUGCAGUCUCCUGGGAAAAAAAGGGCUGGUGUCUUCUACAAUCUUCUCGUUUGAAGCCACUGUUGUCACUGUAAU